UCAGAGACCCCUAACAUGGGUACUGUGGAGGCUGUUGAGUCGGAGAUUGCAAGGGUGAAUGCAGCCAUCGAUGCUCUUUCAGCAGAGAUUAAGGAAGCAAAAGAGAAGGUUGAUCGUGCGGAAGCGGCUGGCAAUGCAGACGCUGCAAAUCGGUGGUUCACUGAGCUGCAGCAGCUGCGCAAGGACAAAGAGCAGCUGCGCAAAGAGAAAGAGCAGCUGCGGGACAAGGAGGCCCGGCUGGAAUCUGCAGAUUGGUCAGGCGCAUGCUCGAAUGCUGACUUGCCCGCAAGCUGUGCAGAGUAG